AUGUUCUGAAAAAACAUGUGGUAUUAAACACUAAUACACUAAUUACAUUUAAUUAAUUUACUUUUUUUAAUUAUUAUCCAUAUCAUCUCUUAAUAUCGUGUCUUAUAUUUGUAUCACAAUUUAUGUGUCAUAGCAAAUAACCAACCAUAAAUAGAAUCACAAAUAUUCAUAAACUCUCCAUACCCACAACCAUAAAAAACUUUCCACUAAAAAUUCAAUUACAUGGCCAAAACAAUUCAUAUAGCAGUAAUUUCAAUCCCUGCAUUUAGCCACCAAGCUUCCAUCAUUCAAUUCUGCAAAAACCUCAUUCAUCUCCAUAAUCACUUCCACAUAACAUGCAUCUUCCCAACCAUUGAUUCACCUCUUCCAUCCACCCUCACAUUACUCAAAUCUCUUCCUCCAAACAUCAACUACACAUUCCUUCCACCAAUCAACAAACAAAACCUCCCACAACAUCUUUCUCCAGCAGUUCAAAUCCAACUUGCAGUUUCUCAAUCCAUGCCAUCUUUCCACAACACAAUCUUAUCCCUCUCUUCAUCAUCAACAACACCAAUUCUUGCUCUAAUUUCCGAUCCUUUCGCUAACGAAUCGCUCGAAAUAGCGAAAAGAUUCAACCUUUUAUCUUAUAUUUACUUCCCUCCUUCUGCAAUGACACUCUCACUUUUCAUUCAUUUACCAAAACUUCAUGAAGAAGUUUCAUGUGAAUAUAGAGAUCACAAAGAAGCUAUUCAAAUUCCAGGUUGUAUCCCUAUUCAUGGCAAUGAUUUACCUGAACAUUUUCAACACCGAUCUAGUCUUGCUUAUGAUUUGAUUCUGCAACGUUGCAAAAGACUCAAUCUUGCUGAUGGGUUUUUGGUUAACAGUUUCAUGAAAAUGGAAGAAAAUACAUUGGAAGCCUUAGAAGAACAAAACAGAGAAAAACACAAUGGUUCUGUUUUUUUUGUGGGACCCAUUAUUCAAAAUGGGACAAAUAAUGAAUCAAAAGGGUCAGAUUCAGAUUUAGAGUGUAUGAAGUGGUUGGAGAAUCAAAUUCCUAACUCAGUUUUAUAUGUGUCUUUUGGAAGUGGUGGAACACUUUCUCAAGAACAAUUAAAUGAGUUAGCUUUUGGGUUAGAAUUGAGUGGUCAAAAUUUUUUAUGGGUUUUAAGAGCACCUAGUGAUACAUCAAAUGAAGCUUAUCUUGGUGUUAAAAAUAAUGAUGACCCUUUAAAUUUUUUACCAAAAGGGUUUAUAGAAAGAACAAAAGGAAAAGGGUUUGUUAUUGUUAAUUGGGGUCCACAAACACAAAUUUUGAGUCAUAUUUCAGUUGGUGGAUUUUUGACUCAUUGUGGUUGGAAUUCAGUGCUUGAGAGUGUUGUGUUGGGAGUGCCUAUGAUUGCUUGGCCAUUAUUUGCUGAACAAAAAUUGAAUGCUGUGUUGUUAUGUGAUGGACUUAAAGUGGCAAUUAGGCCAAAGAUUAAUGAGAAUGGUUUGGUUGAAAGAGAGGAAAUUGUUAAGGUAAUUAAAGGGGUGAUGUUGGAUGGUGAAGAAAAUGGGAUUAGGGAAAGGAUUGGAGAGUUGAGAGAUGGUGCUGUUGAUGCUUUGAAAGAUAAUGGGUCUUCUACAAGGGCAAUAUUGGAAUUUGGUAAUUGUUUGAAGAGAUUUGGGAGGAAUAUAUAAGUGUUUGAUGGAAGUUUUUAGGUGAAAGUAGUUUAAUGGUGAAAAGGAAGAAAUAUAUAAAUAUAUUUAUUGUACCUUGAAAAUGUGUGACCCAUUAGUUAUUUUUAUUUUGUUUGUCAUAAAUACUAAAAAAAGAAUGUUGAAAGGUGUGAUUCAUUCAACAUAGACCA